AUGAGGGAAAGUUGGGGAACUAGUCCUCGUCAGACGCCAUCAGCCCGAGAACCUUUCGUGGUGCGACGCCAGCGCCCCGCCAGGCACCCACCAGACCGCCGCGGCUGGGGGCGGGGGCGGGCACCGCCCGGCUGGAGAGAAGGGGCGGUGCUCCGAGGGAGCUCCGAGAGCGGCGGGCGCGCGGGCCCAUGGGCGUGGCGGCCUCCCCGUGGUCCCGCCCCCCUGAGCCCGAGCAGGAGCGCACGAGUCUGGCGGGUCAGACCGGCGGCUGGCGGACCGCGCGGUCGGGGCGCUCCGGCCAUGCCCGGCGGGGCCCACGCGGCUGCCCGGUGCCCCGCCAACCCGGCCGUGGUGCUGACACCGGGGGACUGGGUGUACGUGGCGCUGGAACUGGCCAUCGCCGCGCUGUCGGUGGCGGGCAACGUGCUGGUGUGCGCCGCGGUGGGCACGUCGAGCACGCUGCAGACGCCCACCAACUACUUCCUGGUGUCCCUGGCGGCGGCCGACGUGGCGGUGGGGUUGUUCGCCAUCCCGUUUGCCAUCAUCAUCAGCCUGGGCAUCAACAUUGAAUUCUACGGUUGCCUCUUCCUUGCCUGCUUCGUGCUGGUGCUCACGCAGAGCUCCAUCUUCAGCCUUUUGGCCGUGGCGGUCGACAGGUACCUGGCCAUCUGCGUCCCGCUCAGGUAUAAGAGUUUGGUCACUGGGACCCGAGCAAGAAGAGUCAUUGCUGUCCUCUGGGUCCUUGCCUUUGGCAUUGGAUUGACUCCGUUCCUGGGAUGGAAUGACAAAGACCAAAACUGCACACAAUCUUUGAAUGGAACCACGAAUGAAAUCUGCUGCUGUAAGGGAUGUUUCUUUGAGUGUGUGGUCCCCAUGAGCUACAUGGUAUAUUUCAAUUUCUUUGGGUGUGUCCUACCCCCACUUCUCAUAAUGCUGGUAAUCUACAUCAAGAUCUUCACUGUGGCCUGCAAGCAGCUACAGCGCACUGAGCUGAUGGACCACUCGAGGACCACCCUCCAGCGGGAGAUCCAUGCAGCCAAGUCCCUGGCCAUGAUUGUUGGGAUUUUUGCUAUGUGCUGGCUACCAGUACAUGCCAUCAACUGUAUAACUCAUUUUCAACUCGCACAUCCUAGUGAUAAACCCAAGUGGACAAUAAACAUGGCUAUUCUCCUAUCACAUGCCAACUCAGUUGUCAAUCCCAUUGUCUAUGCCUACCGGAACCGAGACUUUCGCUAUACUUUUCACAAAAUCAUCUCCAGGUAUGUUGUCUGUCAGACAGAUGUCCUCAAGAAUGGGAGUGGGCAGGCGGGCACACAGCCUGCUCUUGAUAUGGGUCGAUGACCUAGGCUCUGGCCUUUUUGAGAAGGCACAAAUUUACAACAAACAAAAGGAAAGGACAUAACUGGCUGAUUCUCAUUGUGAAAGACAAUUAAACCUCACAAGCAUAUGGGCUGCAUCUUUUGAGCACUUCUCUGGAAUUACCACUUAUCUAAUUAAUAUGUACAUGUUAACAGUAGGCUCCAAGAGUUGACAAAUGUAUUUAUGGUUCUAUCUGGCUGCUCUUACUGUGUGGAUGAUAUUGACGGCUUGAAUAGAUUGUAAAAGACUUUUUUUUUUUUUAAAGAGUCUCAUACUUUCAUGGCAGCAAAUGAUUGAAACUAUUUUACUGUGAAACACUGUGAACUAUUAUUAUACAAAUAUUUUUAACUUAGAAGCAAUGGAAAAAUAAAAGUUGAACAUACUAAAUAUAUAUGGCUGUUCCUAUAAAGGUGACAAGGAAAAUUAAAAGUAUACUUCUUCAAUCAAGAAACUUGUUGUUUUUAUACAGAGAAAUGACUCAAAGUUCUUAAGUGAAAUAUCAUCAGAUAAUGGGAAGAAAAAACUUGAGAAACAAGACCCCUUCUCUAGAAGAUUCCUUUUCCCGUUCCUCCUGUUAGAGUUAGGUGGUGAAUUUUUCUACUUUUCUCUCAAACUCAAGUUUGGCCAAGUUGCUGGAAACCAAAGUGAAAUUUUUACUAAGUAAAAUUAUGUAACUGUAUACACAUAUUAGGUGAAAUAAAGUCCAGGUUUCCCAAGUAGUAGAGAAAUCUUGAUAAAUUUUAUUUGCCAACCACAGAACAUUGCAAUAUCUGUGGCCUUUUCACACAGCUCUUACUUGCACCUCAUAUUUCUGGAGCACAGGGUUGGAGACUUCUUGGGCUGUAAAAUCACUUGUUUCAUAUGUGUGCUCAUUGCUUCAGUUUCUUCUGCAAUAUCCCAGCAAGGACGCUGCACGUUUAAGAAAGUCGUACAGAGACAGGGAAUUUUAUCCUUGUAAGAUCUUAUUGUGGCUAUGGACAGCUUCACCUAUUAAGAGGUUCUUGUCUGUGCUGAAAUCUAUCUCAUUUUCAUCUAUCAUUGCUCCUUUGAUCUCUCUUGGGGUACAACUGAGAACACUUUAUCUUGCUUCUAACUCCUCCUGAUAUCUUUUUCCUUUUCUUCUUCAGACUAGAAAUCCCUAAUAGUAGCCUUAGUUUCCUUCUAGGACAUGAUUUUUUUGUCUGUCUCUUCAUUUGGCUUGUUAUAAAGCUCAGAAAUACAUGUAGAACAAAACCAGUACUUCCCUUGUUCUAGAUACUGCUUUUCUAAAAAUACAGCAUACUUGAACUAUUUUGGCGCCAAUACCACAGAUAUCUGAAGCUUACUGAAACCACAAACCCUAAGUCUUUUUAUACUUGCUGCUUUUAGUAACAUCUGUGUUCUCAUCUCUUACUGCUAGAAUAAUUUUAUGGACCCAGGGAAAAGAACUACACUUACUGAUCUAAAUUUUAUCUCAGUUUUAUCUAUCAUUCCAACUUCUUAAAAACUGGUAGUCACUUGAGUACUUAAGAACCUAACUAAUUGUGCAUACGACACGAUUCUAGACUUUGAUUGGGUCUAAAAUGUUUGAUUCUAUUAAGGAAAGUGUUUACCCAAGGAGCACAGAGGUUGGUUCAGAUUUUUCAGGAGGAGACAUAUAGGGCUUUAAACCCUACACAUCCUGGUUCCAAGAUACAGUUCCUUCUGCAGUUCAGCAGGGAAAAGGGACAGUAACAAG